GGUCGUCGGCAGUCAAAGGCGGCCCUGGCACUUGUUCGGUCGGUCGGUCCGCCUUUUAUCUCAACUCACUCACUCUCUCGCGGGGCGAUGUUAUCCGCGACUCUCGCGCGCGGCAUCAUUUAGCGUGUUCAAACAGAUAACGAGAAAGAGAGAGAGAGAGAGCUGCAGUGAAUUGUCGUGAUUUUCCCCGUGUGUGUGGUGUUUGUGUGCGAGUGUGAGCAAGAAGUGAUACACAUAAUAUUUGACACCGGCCCUAUAGCCCGAGCGCACACAAACUCUGACUGUAUUAUAUUUAUUUUAUGUAUUGUAUCAUCGCCUAAUCCGACCAUAAAACACGCGCGCGGGCCUCUGCCUGCUCCAACGAUACUUAGAUACACGGAACAGUGCCGAGCUGCGCGGUGCCGCAAGGGUUGCACGCCAUGUGAUUUGCCGUUCGUUUCGCCCACUCUGUGUCGGCCCGAGACGCGCGAAUUCGGCACCGGCGGACAGGGACAUGGCGCCACGCUCCACGUCGCUCGCACUCGCCGCGCUCCUUGUGCUCCACCAGCUUCAGCUCGCCGUCGGCAUCCGCUGGAUGGCGUUGCACAGGGUGUCGCCGGGCGUUUGGGACGCGUCCGGUGGUGUCGGCGGCGGCGGUGCUGUGCAGAACAGCUUCCGAGGCGGCGGCAGCGGCCACUGGAGGCGAGCGCUUAAGGACGACCUAGGUCUGUCGCGGCGUCAGCAGCGCUUCGUCAGAGAGGCCCCUGAGCUGCUGCCAUUGCUAAGCAAGGCGGCCCAAACGGCCCUGGCAGCCUGCCAGCAGGCGUUCGAGGACCGCCGCUGGAACUGCUCUAGUUUGACCGCUGCACCACACCUCUCGCCCGACCUCACAUCAGGGACCCGCGAGCAGGCGUUCGUUUACGCACUGACAUCGGCAACCGUGGCGCACACGGUGGCGAAGGCGUGUGCGAUGGGCACGCUGGCCGAGUGUCCGUGCGCGGCCACCCCGCGAAUGCCACCCGACGGCAACUUCAAGUGGGGCGGCUGCGGGGACAACGUGGCCCACGGAGUGCUCGUCAGCAAGAAGUUCCUCGACGUGCUGGAGCGAGGCCGCGCCAGGGCAGCCGACGACGACGACGAGCACCUCACGCUGGGCAUCGCCGCCCCCGCCCCGGCCGCCCCUGCCGGGGUCAACAAACGGAAGUCGCUCCUUGCGCUCGUCAACCUGCACAACAACAGAGCCGGGAGAAGGGCUUUGGAGAUGAGCGUGACGCAGCAGUGCAAGUGCCACGGCGUGAGCGGCUCUUGCAACAUCAAGACGUGCUGGCGGGCGCUGACCAAGGUGCAGGACGUGUCGCUGCGGCUGAAGCGACGCUACUCGACCGCCUCCGAGGUGGCCCUGCAGAGACGCGGCAUCACCGGCCGCAGGCACCUGCAGCCAGCGCUGCUGACCGUGGCCAGGCUGCCCGCCGGCGGCAGGGUCGCGCCCUUCGGCAAGGAGGACCUGCUCUACGCGGCCAAGUCGCCGGACUACUGCAACCGCGACCCGAAGUACGGCAGCUUCGGCACCAAAGCAAGGGUGUGCAAUUCGAGUGAGGAGGCGAGGCACCAGUUUGACGCCUGUUCGUCCAUGUGCUGCGGCCGCGGCUACGUCACCAGGCGGGAGGAGGUGCUCGAGAGGUGUCACUGCAAGUACCACUGGUGCUGCUACGUCAAGUGCAAAACCUGCCGUAGGACUGUGUUCGUCAGCCAGUGCAUUUAGCUAAGCCACAAAACUAACAAAGUCUUGUUUUAAUUAGUUUACACAUUCCGCACCUUGACUGAUUUAUUUCCACCUUGUAACAACAAUGUAUUUAUAGGUGUUAAUUUUGCACUUUAGUGUGGACUUAGAGUUGCUUACCCUUACAUUUUGUUUUAAUUUUGGCACCAGUAUGCAUUUUUCAGAGACUAUUUAACUCAUAAAUUUAUCUGGUUGAAUUUAAUAAUCACAGUAAAUAAAAUUAAUUUAUAGCUAA